AUGCCUGCUGCUGGACGACGAACCUUCCUCAUUGGCGGUGGAUGCACUGCGUUCAUCAAGCCCAGAGGUCAGAGGACCACUGAAGAUAUGGGUCUCGAGGCUGCCACCAAGGCUCUCCUCGACGCCGGUAUCACCUACGACGAGAUUGAGACCGCCUAUGUUGGUUACUGCUACGGAGACUCGACUGCAGGCCAGCGCUCGCUCUACAACCUCGGUCUCACACACAUCCCCAUCAUCAACGUGAACAACAACUGCUCGACUGGCUCCUCUGCGCUCUACCAAGCCAACAAUGCUGUCAAGUAUGGUCAGGUCGAGUGCUCGCUUGCGCUUGGCUUUGAGCGUAUGAAGCCCGGCAGUUUGGGCACCAACUUCCCUGACCGACCUUCGCCUAUUCUUCUAUUCAACCAGCGUUCUGCGGAGCUUGAGGAGGUGUUGGGAGAGAACCAUGGUCCUGGUGCUCCUAGGAUGUUUGAUAACGGUGCUCAGGAGUAUUUCACCAAGUAUGGUGGUGGGGUUGAGCAUUUGGCUAAGAUUGCUUCGAAGAAUCAUAAGCAUUCGCUCAAUAACCCCUACUCCCAAUUCCGAGAUGGGUGGUCCGUUGAGCAGGUCCUCAAGGCUCCCAAGAUUACGAGGAACCUUACCAAGUUCAUGUGCAGCCCUACUUCUGAUGGAGCAGCAGCCUGCGUCGUCGCCUCUGAAGACUUUGUCCGCAAACAUGGUCUCGAGAACCAGGCCAUUGAGAUUGUGGCUACCACUCUGACCACCGACGGUGCUUCUACGUUCGAAGGCCGCAGUGCCAUGGACGUUGUUGGGUACCAGAUGACCAAGACGGCGACUGAGAAGGUCUUCCAAGAUGCUGGAUUUGGACCUGGAGAGGGCCGUGAUCAAGUCGGUGUUGUGGAGUUGCAUGACUGCUUUGCUGCUAAUGAGUUGAUCACGUAUGCUGCUCUAGGACUUUGUCCUGAGAAUGAGGCUCAUAAGUUGGUUGAGAGGGGUGAUAACACCUAUGGUGGCAAGUAUGUUGUGAACCCUAGUGGUGGACUUGAAGCCAAGGGUCACCCGCUCGGUGCGACUGGUUUGGGCAUGCAUUUCUACAUCAUGAUGCAACUCCGUGACUGGGCAGGCCCGAUGCAAGCUCCUGGACUCUUCGACACCCCCGACAAGCGUGGCAAGUUCGGUCUUGUGCAUAACGUUGGCUUGGGUGGUGCGGUCGUUGUUUCGCUUCUUCGUCGACCUGAGUUCUACAAACCUGGUGGUGUUGAUGGACGUACUCGACUUGGAUAUAACCAUGCUCACGAGUAUCGACCUAUUACUCGUGCUGAUGUUGAUAAGGUCAAGUCGAGGAAGGCGUCUUCGGGGUAUGUGCUCCAGCAUGCCAAGCUCUAA